AUAUAUAAGAGCGCCGUCAGCGGGAGUGACAGCGUUGGGGCCUCCUUGGGGAGCAAGGCAUCUGCGAAAAUGUGGAUUUUUGGGGUGAAAGGAGCAUCUGGGUUCUCUGCCCGAUCGACGGCCGAGGAAGUUACCGAAGGGCUCGAUGGAAGUGGCCUUACUGCCAUAGUUACAGGAGCAUCAAGUGGCAUUGGCACAGAGACAGCACGUGUCCUCGCUUUACGAGGCAUCCAUGUCAUUAUGGCAGUAAGGAAUUUGGAUGCUGGUAGGCGUGUCAAAGAAGCAAUACUCAAGCAAAUCCCUGUAGCUAGAGUUGAUGUUAUGGAGGUAGAUCUCAGUUCGAUGGCUUCAGUAAGGAAAUUUGCAUCAGAAUAUAUUUCCUUGGGUCUUCCCCUAAACCUCCUCAUUAAUAAUGCAGGGGCUUUUGGGACAUGUUUCACGCUUUCUCAAGAUGGCAUAGAACUGCAAUUUGCAACUAACCAUUUAGGUCAUUUUCUUUUGACAAAUCUUUUGUUGGAGACCAUGAAAAAGACAGCACGUGGAAGCGGCAAGAAAGGAAGGAUCGUAAAUGUUUCCUCUGAGGCUCAUUGGUUUUCCUAUAAUGCAGGAAUUUGUUUUGACAGGAUCAAUGAUAAGGCAGAACACAACAACAUAUUCGCUUAUGGGCAAUCAAAGCUUGCAAACAUAUUGCAUUCUAACGAGCUUGCAAGGCGCCUGAAGGCGGAAUCUAAUCAGCAAUGGGCAUCCUUUCCCUUGAAAAUUAAACAGGAAGAAGGUGUGGACAUUACAGCUAAUUCUCUUCAUCCUGGAGUGAUUGCCACUAAUCUUCUCCAUCGUUAUGGCAUAUUUUAUGACAUGGGAAAAAUGUUAUUUGCUUAUGUUCUUAAAAAUGUACAGCAGGGAGCAGCAACUACAUGUUAUUUGGCUCUGAAUCCACAAGUCGAGGGGAUAAGUGGCAAAUACUUUGUAGACAGCAACAUAGCUGAACCGAGCCCCCGGGCGAGAGAUGCAGAACUGGCGAAGAGGCUGUGGGAUUUCAGCAUUACCUUGGCCAACCCCAACUAGCUAGUUUGGGGUUUUAGGGCUUUUGCUCAGCCAUACUAAAGGGUUGUGAAUUGCUUGCUCUUGUGUUUGAUGUUUUAGAUGUAAAAACCAUAUUUGUGUGACAUUGAAAAAGAAUAAUGCAUUAGAGUUCAGUGUUGUGUGCUUUAAAACAAUAAAAAAAUUUGUAUGUGGAACUUUGUUUGGGGAUCA